AUGAUGCCGCCUAGGAUGCAGGCCACAGCACCAGGAGCUGGUGCUCAAGUGAUCCGUCAGCCUCCACCUCCCUUCCUGCCCCAGUGGAGCCUGUGUCCCGCACCCGGCCCCACCUGCCCCAGCCCUCCUCGUCUCCUUGUCCCUUCCACACUGUUUCCUCUCCUUCCUUCAAACUCACAUCCCCUCUGCCUACCAUGGGCUGAGCCUCUGGACUCCAUGGUCCCCCUUUUUCCUCCUUCCUCUGUCAUCUGCUGUCACUCCAACACUCCUGUCCUCAUGGAAGAUGGCAGCUCCCAAGCCGUCCCUUCUCUCUGCCUUAUUCUUGACGCCAUCCCGGCUGGUGUCUGCAGUCACACGGAUGACGCAGUACUUUGUCCCCAGCUCUCCUCCUGGUGCCCACAGCCUCUGCUUCUGCACCGCCAUCCGGGUCAUGCUGGGCCCCUUCUCCUGCCCGAUCCGUGCACUCUUCUCUUGUGCUCUCUGACAUGGCUACUCCACCUGACAGAGCCGCCUGGGAUGCUGGUGGUUCCAUCUCAUUCCAAAUCCAUGUCCCAAGCCUCCAAAGAACUGGGACCCUGUGCAGCAGCCCCUUCUCCCACCACUUUCCUGAGAUCACAAGUCAUCAAAAAAGAAAAACCUAUGCAUAUAGUACCCAUCUUUUCACCUAGAAAUAAAGCUACAUUUAUUAUACGUUUUGAUGCACUUUGCACAAGAAAAUAG